ACAAUGUCACGUCAUUGAUGUUGCCGACGUAACACUUUUCUCUACAAAUCCCAUUUCUUAAUUACUACUCCAACACUGCACUCACCACUGUGUGUGCUGUGUGUGUGUGUGUUUAAGAGUGUGAAGAGAGCUGAAAUAAGUCCAUGUUUGGGAGAGGUUAGAAAUGGAGGAGAAGAACACAAUGCUGGAAGAGCAUCUCUUGGAGAGAACCGAUCAAAAGGGCGGAUUCAGAACUUUGCCCUUCAUAAUUGGAAUUGAGGCACUGGAGAAGAUGGCCACUUUCGGGCUGAUGCCAAAUAUGACUCUGUAUUUGAUGAAAGAAUAUCAUAUGGGAAUGACCACUGCAUCCAAUCUACUGUUUUUCUGGUCAGCAGCCACCAAUUUCAUGCCACUUCUUGGAGCUCUUGUUGCCGAUUCUUUCUUGGGCAGGUUUUAUACUAUUGGGAUUGGUUCUGUUAUCUCUCUCAUGGGGAUGAUUCUUCUAUGGUCAACAACAGUAAUCCCACAAGCGAGACCUCCUCCAUGCAAGCAAUUCAAUAACAGUUGCAGCUCCCCGACGACUUUCCAGUUCAUGUAUCUAUGUACCGCAUUUGGGCUGAUUUCUGUUGGGGCCGGUGGCAUUAGGUCUUCUUCCUUAGCCUUUGGUGCUGAUCAAUUGGAGAAAGGUGAUUUCAAGAAAAGCUCAGGUCUGAAACAGAGCUACUUUGGCUGGUAUUAUGCUUCAUAUAUGUUCUCUGUCCUCAUCGCUUUAACUUGUGUCGUUUACAUUCAAGACAACAUGGGAUGGGGAGUUGGUUUUGCAGUGCCUGCUGUGUUAAUGUUGAUUGGUGUUAGUAUCUUCUUCUUAGCUUCCCGUUUCUAUGUCAAGUUGAAAAGUAAGACAAGCUUAGUCACUGGUUUCAUUCAAGUGGUCACAGCUUCUUACAGAAAUCGACGUCUAGAUUUAACAGACGGUGUAAUCAAUGUUUGCCAUCGCAAGGCUGGCUCAGCACUUGUUUUCCCUAGUGAAAAUCUCAGGUUUCUAAACAAGGCAUGCAUAGUUAGAGAUCCCGACAAAGACUUGACAGCCGAAGGCAGAGCUGUAAACCCAUGGAGUCUGUGCAGUGUUGAGCAAGUAGAGGAGCUGAAAGCCCUGCUCAGGGUACUCCCUAUAUGGUCCACAGGGAUGAUCAUGUCCAUAAACAUCAGCCAGAACUCAUUCCCAUUACUCCAAGCUGUGUCGAUGGACAGACGUAUUACGUCAAGUUUCACGAUACCAGCAGCAUCAUUCAGCACGUUUACAGUUAUAUCCGUUAUACUAUGGGUUGCUGUCUAUGACCGUGUGUUUCUCCCCUUGGCAUCCAGAGUCAUGAGAAGACCCGUUCAUGUAAGUACCAAAAGAAGAAUGGGAAUUGGAAUAGUUUUCUCAUUCUUGGCCAUGUUGGCGUCAGCUGGUAUAGAAGCUAUUCGUCGAUCGCUUGCAAUAGACGAAGGAUACUUGGAUCACCCACUAGCUAUGACCCAAAUGUCGGCAAUGUGGCUGGUGCCACAGAACUGCCUAACCGGCUUUGCUGAGGCCUCAAACGCCAUCGCACAAAAUGAGUUCUACUUCUCGGAGUUCCCAAGAAGCAUGUCGAGUAUAGCAUCGACACUGAACGGGAUCGGGAUGUCGUUGGCGAAUUUAGCAGCGAGUUUAAUAAUGAAUGCUGUUGACAGCCUCUCAAAGGCAGGGGGGCAGGAGAGCUGGAUUUCGAGCAAUAUCAACAAGGGUCACUAUGACUACUAUUACUUGGUUCUUGCUGCACUGAGUAUGGCUAACAUGAUGUAUUUUCUUGUCUGUAGUAGCAUGUACGGGCCUCUUAAAGAAGAGGGCAAGAUAGCAGAAGAAGAGGAUGAGCCUUGAGAUGUUACUUCCUACCGGCUUGUAGCAAUGGGUGUUGUAAUCUUCUACUUAUUUAACUCUUUUUUUUUUUUU